AUGUCUCCUCCGCGCCUCGAAUGGCUAUUUGUUCUCCUACCAAUCCUAGCUGCUCUCAUUCUCUUCUUCUGUCUACGCGUCCGCAAUGCUCGUCAAAGGGCCAACAAACAAGCAGAUGAAGAAGCCAUUCGAGCCCCAACCAUCUCAGCCCUACCACUCCCACCACAAAACUCUGGAAUGAUAACCGCUCAACACCUCUCUCUCCCACCCAUAUUGAUGGACAGGCACAAUAGGCGACAGCCUCUCUUGCGCUUCUCUUCCCCUCCCCAAACUUCCAGAUUGAGCACAAACUCCCUAAUGUCAGCCUCUUCUUUUUGGCGCCGCCUACAGCCAAGCGAUAUUGACGUUAGUGCUCCCGGAAGACGUCGAAGAAGAAGAAGACCUCGCCCACCACGCACUCCACCACCAGUCUAUCCAGGCUCUCCACCACCACACUAUGAAGACGUUAUUGGACCAGAAGAUGAACCUUUGGCUCAGGUUCAGACUCGAAUGGGAACCACCUCUCAGCAACGAGAAGAACUCGAACAUCAGGCUGAAGACGAACCACUUGUACAGUUGCAGCAUCGCCUAAUCGCUGACCCAGACUAA